UGCGAGCAAUAUCGGUAUAGAUCGGUAACAGCAGUGAGUUAGUAGUCGAUAUAGUUGUUUUGUUGUCAACACUAGUAUUUCCGAACGAUGGGUGAACAAAAGGAAUUGCCUUUUCCCUACGAGACGAAGGAACUUGAGCCAGAAGAAGAAGAAUUGAUUAAGAGUAAUUUAGGAACAUACAUAACAAGGUACGUCAAAUUGGGACCGAAGGGUUACAUGGUACUCAAGCCUUACAUGAAAGAUGCUGCGAAUAUCUACAACAUGCCUUUAAGACCUACAGACGUAUUUGUCGCCAGUUAUCAACGAUCAGGUACUACAUGGACCCAGGAACUAGUUUGGUUGGUUGCAAAUGACUUAAAUUACGAAAAAGCUGCAGAAAUACCAUUAGCAGAACGUUACCCAUUCAUAGACGGCUUCAUGUUUUUCGAACCAGAAAAGAGAGAAUUAUAUGCAGAUGUAAUGUCAAAAACAGCGGAUGAAAAUUUCGAUAGAGAAAAGUAUAUGCAACUGAUAGAAUUCUUGAGUCUACCAGUGAGUCCGUUACUCGCUGCAGCCCCAUUAACGCAAAAACGAUUCAUCAAGACACAUUUACCGAUGUCCUUGAUGCCACCCAAAAUGCUGGAUACUGCGAAGGUGGUAUACGUGGCUAGAGACCCUAGAGACGUGGCUGUGUCUUGCUAUCACCAUUCAAGGCUCUUCAAAUUGGUUGACCCUCUGAAGCCCUUUAAAAGCUUCUGGGAAAUAUUCUAUCGAGGCCUCUUUACUUUAGCGCCUUAUUUCGAACAUGUCAAAGAAGCUUGGGAGCAAAGACAUAACCCGAAUAUGCUGUUCUUGUUCUACGAAGAACUCUCGAAGGAUUUGCCAGCCAGCAUUAACCGUGUGGCAGACUUCUUAGACAAGAAGUUGAAUGAAGAAGAAAUAAAUCGCCUCUGCGACCACCUCAGUAUUGAUAACUUUAAGAAAAACAAAUCUGUUAACUUUGAGGAAAUGAGAGAAAUUGGAGUACUCGCCAAGGGAGAAUCUUUUAUAAGGAAAGGUAAAUCUGGCUGGCGCGAUUACUUCGACGAAGAGAUGACACAGCAAGCUGAACAAUGGAUCGAAGAAAAUCUAACGGACACCGAUCUGCGUUUCCCUUCUAUGAAAUAAUUUGUAUUUUGUUUUUGAGUUAACUACUACAUACUAAUAAAUAAUAAUUAUAUACCAUGACAACAGAAUAA